CGCUAAAAACGUAAUUUUCAUAACAACAACAAUGGACUGGUGAUAACAAUUUUUUAUUGAUAAUGAUGAUAAAUUUUUGUCCAUAAACUAAAAACUAAACUAACCCAGCUAACUUCAAAGUUUAGUAUUUUUCAUGCAACUGGUACUUUUUAAACGAAGAAUCCGAUGAAUGGUGUAUCGUAAUUUAGAAAGAAAUGUCGCGACAAAGUAAUGACAUUUGUGAUGAAACCUCCUUAAAUAAUGUUACUAACACACGUGUCAACAAUAUGGAUUUAUUUGAUAGUUUUUCUGAAGAGAACUUCGAGCAGAGCAUGCUUGGAACUUCCAGUGAUCAUAUUGUUACCUCAAACCAGUUCCAAAAUAAUAUCUUGUGUAAGUUCGAAAAUGAUGAUUAUCCGUCUGAUCAAGAAAACAACGAGCCUUACGAAAUUCAAAGCAAUACUGAAGAGCCAUUUACGAAAAAUGAAGACCUAUGCGUCGCAUGUGGACAUGUCUCAGCCUACGAAUUUUUUAGUUUCCCGAUCGAUGCUGAUAUUCGACAGCAGUGGGCGAAGUUUUGUGAUAUAAAUUUAGAUGAAAUAAAACCACAUUUUCGCCUUUGUGAUGGGCAUUUUAAACCCGAAGACUACCAGAUCUCGAUGCAACGUAGAGUAUUGAUGCCGACAUGUGUUCCAACGUUAGAUCUGAAAGUGAAAAGGGAGGCACGAACUGAUCAACGUUCUGUAAAAGAUGAGCUCCUACAAUCUGCCGAACACGUUAAGGCCGACGAUGUUUACACUACAGAUUCGAGUAUGCCUUCCGUAGAAAUAUCGAUCAACAACCCUCAGAUUAAGUUAGAAGUAAAAUCAGAACCAUUUACCGAAGAAGUUAUGCUCGAUGAAGCUGCCGAAAAGGUUGCCGAAGAUAUUCACUUCGUAGAUUCGACUAUUUCUCCCCGAGAAAUAUCUAUCGACCUUCUUCAUUAUGCGAAGGCGAACCUUAAACAAGUUCCCAUGAGAGUUGUGAACGCAGAAACUUCCAGAAUUGUAACUGGAAAUAAUCUUCACCGUUUGACUACGUUUUCUUUAGAAAAUUCGAAUAGCGAAUUUUGCAGUUCAGAGGAUCCACUUGAGCAACAUUUUGAAGAAGUAACACUUCCGAAACCGGAAUAUUCUGACGAAGAUAGUCAAUCUCCAAAUUCUACCAUUCCUUCCUCAGAAAAGUCGCAUGAGAGUCGUAAUAAAGCAGAGGCGCGAGCAGGAUGCUCAAAAAAUCAAGAAAACUCCGGUCAAGGUCGGAUUACUCCGUCUGCAAAACAGAAAAACCCUCUCCCAAGCGUAAAAAAGCCAACGCGAAAAUCCAGCAAUGUUUCCAACACGGUAGCGGCACGGUUGCGGAAUCUAUCCCCCUUUCCCUGCGAUAUUUGUGGUACAACAUUUUCCUGCAAACGUGAUUGGACAAGACACCAGCAUCAACACACGAAACCAUUCCAUUGCCAAGUCUGUGACAAACAGUUUGCUUAUAAAUACCACCUUCUUAGACAUGGAUUGAAACAUAGUGAAGAGAAACCCUUCAAAUGCCGCACUUGUGAUGCACGAUUCAAGCACUAUCACCAUAAAGUGGCGCACGAACGCAUACAUGUGGAAGGAGCUUGCUUUGAGUGCGAUGAAUGCGGAAAAAAGUUUCUUCAUAAUUGUUAUCUCACUACACACAUGAGAGUACAUUCCGGGGUGAAACCAUUUUCUUGUCAAACGUGUGGCAAAAGUUUUUCUCUAAAACAUCAUCUUAGCAGGCACCAACGGUCGCAUAGUGAAGACAAACCCUUCAAAUGCCGCCAUUGCAAACAACAAUUCAAGCAUAAUUAUUAUAAACGGAAGCACGAACGCGUGCAUGAGGAAGGAGGUGGUUUUGAGUGCGCUGUUUGCGGAAAAAAGUUUUCCUAUAAACAUCAUCUCGCUACACACCUGAGAAUACAUUCUGGUGUGAAACCGUUUUUUUGCCAAACGUGUAGCAAAAGUUUUACUCAGAAAAUCCAUCUGAUUCGGCACCUUGGGACGCAUGCUGAUAAAUGGGUGCACGUGGAUGAAGCUUGUUUUGAGUGCGCUGAAUGUGGAAAAAGUUAUCCUACUAAGUGUCUCUCAUUACACACCUGAGAAUACAUUUCGGCGUGAAACCAUUUUCUUGCCAAAUGUGUGGCAAAAGUUUGGGGAAAUAUUUUUUGCAUGACGAAAAAGGGCAUCAUCACGACAACCAUUUUUUUGUUCAUAAAAGAUGAAUGAACAACAAAAAAUGAUGAAGUUCCAAGUCAGAUGGCGCCUGACAAUAAAAUAUUUAUGAAUGACUACGAUUUUAUUACGAGAUGAGCAGUAUUCAUGGCAGAACAUUAUCAGUUCAAUUACAAUUAUAUUAUUUAUAUUUUGUACAAAUUUUGACAAAUGAUCUACUGAGGUUUUCUUUUUUUUAUAUAUAUAAUAAUAUAUAUUUAACAAGUUUUAUUACAAUCUUAAGGAGACCUUAAAUAAGUAAUAUUUCUGACUUUAAACAAGUUAGUUACAUGACAUGUGCAGGGUUCUCUGCAGUGAGAGUAUACUCUGCUAUUUUACGAUGUAUCUCUCCGGUGAGAGUACUCUAUUUAUUUUUUAUAAUAUCUAUGACUAAUGACGAAAUAAAGAUCACUUUUACUAUAAAAACACUAUAUUUAUUAUGAGAACUGCGACGGCCGUUUCGGUACGACACGUACCAUCUUCAAGGCAUGAGAACAGACUGAUAAAUUAUUACAUAAUAUUCGUUGAGAGCUUAAAAGUUACGCGUAGUGCUUAGGAUUUAGGGAGGGGGGUAGGUACAUUCGUUUGUGUAGGUGGAAAGCUGUGCAGUAGGUUACGUUGGAUGCUGGUUGGAGCUUUUACUACUUCGUUGAGAACAUUGUAAUUGUUUUGGAUAUGUUUGAAUACUUCAAAGUGAUCUUUAUUUCGUCAUUAUGCAAAACACUAAAAGUGAUAACCUCCUUAACAAAUUAUCUAUGACUAAGUUGUGAGGUUUUAACUGAUGGAUGUUUCUUUGCUUUGAUCUUGUUUUGUGAGUUUUCAACUUGAGAAAUUCUUUUAUCCAUCUUUUAAGCAGUUCCCAAAUGUCUUUUAAGCUCGCCUGCUUGCUCUUCUAGUUCCUCUGGUUCAUCCGAUUCAUCCGUGUUAUUCUUUGGAAGGUUUCUUUUGACAAUUUUGGCUUGUUCAGGUUUCUAAGUUGUUAUCUGCUCCUGGCUUUGAGUGGUCCUUUGCUUGACACAAUCAAUUACUGUCAUCUUUGGUUUAGAUAUAGCAGCAAUUUUUGCUUGAUAUACUGGACACCCUCUCCAGUUGGUUUUAUGAUCACCAUCACAAUUGGCACACUUGGCUGGGUCUUCUUUCUUCUUCCUACAUUGCUUUGUUUCAUGGUCUAAUUCGGACCAUGCAUGACAAGAGUCACCACGUAGUGGAAAUGAUGAGAACUACAACAAGCGGUAUAGAUGCUGAAAAUUUAACAUUGUCUCUUAUGGAAGGAGCUUAGUUUUCAUACAUUUUUCGAUAAAAUCUUCAAAAGUGUUGAUUUUUGGAAGAAAAUCAUCUGAAUUUUUGUUUUCCUCGUGAAAUUACCUUUAAAAUGACGUAUUGUAAUUGUAAUUUAAUGGGCUCUGAAUGUUUCUUUGAUCAUAAAUGUGAUGAAAAAAUGGUGAUAAAAGUCUAAUAAUAUCACAAAUCACGAGCGAUAAUUAACGAUUAUGCAUCACAUAACAAACAAAGCAAAGAAGUAAGUACUUACAUAUGCUGGUAGUAAAUUUCACUAGGAAUACAAAACUUCUACUCAAAUUGGCUGAAAAACUAAUAUUCUUCAGCAUUUUAUUAAAAAUCGAACAGAAACGAUAAUGUUCCAUAAGAAGCAAUGUUAAAAUUCAAGCGGUAUACUGCUUGCUGCUUCUUAUCAGUAGAAGCACACUAGUGCGCCACACCUGCGCAUGGCCCGAAUCCACACUUAAUGCAUUUGGGUUUCCUUGCACAGUAUGUUUUGGUAUGACCAACCUGCUGGCAGUUUUUACAUCGAGGUAGCUCCCUCUUUUUUGCUGGAGGUUCUACCUUCACUUUAGUGUGCAACAAGAACCCCAUUUCAUAAAUGGUCUUGUUGUUUUCUUUUGGGCUAAGAUAUAUGUACAUAAAAGAGUGGUAAUGCCACCUUAUAUGAUUUCUUACUCGCAAUUUCUCCAGAUACAUCCUUUUUCACCUCUGUUUUUUUGAUAAUUACAUUGGUGACAUUGAUGGCAUCAUGUCCGGUUUUAAUCAAUUCUAAUUUGAUAUCCUCGGGUGAAGUGGAGGGGUGUAGCCCUCUUAUAACUACCUGAUAGGGUUUAUCUUGUUUCAACUGAUAUGUAUGGUGCCCAAUUCCAUACAUUUUGUGACUAGGAUUCUUCCUUAUAGCCUCCAGUGCCCUAUACACUGCUCUAAAGCUUUGCUCAUUUGAGCAUGCAGUUUUAACAUCUCCAUUAGAGAGGGUUUGCAUUAUAGGGGUUUCACACUCUUCCAUGCUUUCCAACAUUGCAGUAAAUUCAGUAAUAUUUUCAAUUCCACUAAUGUAAAUAGGUGGAAUACGUUUCUUUUUGAGUUUUUCACUGUGCGUUUCUUUUGACAGGAUAGAUUUAAUGCUGUCUAUUGUCAUAUUGCUAUGAUUUUCCUCUGACUCAUCUGUUAAUGAUGCUUGUUCGCUGAGAUGCUUUUCAUCCUCUUUCAACUUAGCUUGAUAGUGAGCUACUACUUCCCGUAAGUGGUUGAUUUGCCUCUGCUGUUCUUCCAACUGUUUUUGUUGAAGUUUAUUUUGUUUCACAAUGGCACUGUACAUAGCUGUUAGCUGGUUGUGCGUGGGAUCGCCUCUUUCAAAAAAAUUUGAGUGAAAUUUGUAAUUCAGUAGAAGAGAACCAAAUUAGCCUAAGCGAAGGGAGGGCAAAAGCUUGGGAAAAAAUGAGAAUUUUGAGGAUAGAUCGGCAAUUUUGUCGGCAAAUGUGCAAUAAUUAAAUACAUGAUUGUAAAAACUAAAAUGUUGUUGGAAUUUUUGUAUUUUCCCAUUUUUUUUGAAUUUCUCACAAUUUCCCAAGUUUCUCCUACUUUCGCGGGACCAGAAGUGGCAAACUGUCACCCCUUGGGUCUCUUUCCUUUCGUCCCUGAGGUCAAAUGAGGAAGAGGGAUCGGCCAACAAAGUCCACAAAACAUUACUUCUAUAAACAGCAAUUUUUACCAUACCUACUUCGUUUUUUGGUAUCAUUUUAAUAUUUUUUGAAAGUUUAUUUCUGUUGACAAAAUAUCUCUUUUUGACAAAAAAACUUUGUAGUGCAUGGCCUUGUUUUCUUUUUUUUAAAAAAUUGAUUCAUUAUUUUUAUCAACUUACCUAUAUUUAAUUGUGAGGAAUGAAUAGCACCUCAUUUUAAAGAUCUGGUAUCCUACCUUCAUUUAGCAUAAGAACACUUUGAAAAAUAAAAUCUUAAAGAGGAAAUUUUCAAUGUUUGGAAAACAUUUUGAGUUAUAACUUAUAACCUUUCAUUAAAGUUGAUGUGGAGGCGAAAGGAAGCGUCCAAAAAAAAUUUCAAGACAACAGAUGUGUAGAGAAUU